AUGCAGUCAGAUGACCUCUUCGUCCGCAAAAUCCGGCGCCACUCUGCCCGGCCCCCUCUGGCCUCCAUCUCCUUCGAAGCCAAGGGGAUCCCAGCCCCCCUCCUGCGGCCCCCCCGGAGUGAGGUGACCCAGGGGCUCCCCAGGGGGCAUGGCACCCCCCCUGGCCUGGCCCUAAGGCCUGCCAGCCACAUCAUGCACCGCAGCAACAGUGACGUGACCCUUGGGGAGGGGGUGCCUGGGGACGGAACACCCCCCUCCUCGUCACUGGUGGGGGGUGGGGAUUGCGGGCUGCACCGGGACUAUGGCAGCCUGAGCUCCAUCGAGAAAGGCCCGGGGCCCCCCCGCACCCGCGCCCACAGCCACGAGGAGCCACGGGCCAGCAGCCCAGCCGCCCGGCGCUUCUGGGACCCCCUGGUGCUGCUGGGGCUCGCAGGAGACGAGGUGUGGGAGCGGGACAGCCAGGGGGCUGGGGCCGCCGUGCCAGAGCAGGACAGGGGAGAAGAGCCCCCCAAGUUCCCCCCACAGAUCUGGGUGCGCCAGCUGGCCCACUAUGAUGUGCAAAGCAUCCUCUUUGAUCCAGGUGAGGCGGCCUGGUGCCAGGGCAGUGCCGGGCGCCGGGUGCGUAACAUCACCACAGGGGCCUCAGCCGCCUCAGCAGGGCCUGCCCCCACCCCUGUCCCUGAGGAGCCUGACCCAGGUGAUGGCAAGGACGGGCCUCUGGUGCUCAGUUGCCCCCACUUCCGCAAUGAGAUUGGGGGUGAGGAGGAGCGGGGGCUGGGCCGGCGCCAGGAAGCAGGAGGGGGCGCCGGGCAGCUGCCCAAUGCGGCCGUGUCGGUGCUGGAGGAGCCACGGGAGAGUUACCCCACCAGGGGCAGCCGGGCCACCCACUACAUUGAGUAUGCCGACCUGGGCGCCAGCUACUACCGCAAAUACUUCUAUGGCAAGGAGCAUCAGAACUUCUUCGGGGUGGAUGAGCGCCUGGGAGUGGUGGCCGUGUCGCUGCGGCGUGAAGAGAAGGAGAAGGAGGGUGCCAGCCUGCAGUACAACUACCGCUUCAUCCUGCGCACCAGCGAGCUGCGGACGCUGCGAGGCUCAGUGCUGGAGGAGGCGCUGCCCCCCACUGCCCGUCCCCCCGCUGCCCGCGGGCUGUCCCCCAAGAAGCUGCUGGAGCAUGUGCUGCCCGACCUGAACCUGCAGGGGCUGCGCCUGGCAUCCAACUCACCCAAGGUGCCCGAGACGCUGCUCAAGCUGGACGAGCAGGGGGUGAGUUUCCAGCGCAAGGUGGGAGUUCUGUACUGCCGGGCGGGGCAGGGCUCCGAGGAGGAGAUGUACAACAACGAGGGGGCCGGCCCCCCAUUCCAGGAGUUCCUGGAGCUGCUGGGCCAGCACGUCCAGCUGCGCGGCUUCACCAAGUACCGUGCCCAGCUUGACACCAAGACUGACUCCACGGGCACCCACUCGCUGUACACCACAUACCAGGACUAUGAGAUCAUGUUCCACGUCUCCACUAUGCUUCCCUACACGCCCAACAACUGCCAGCAGUUGCUACGGAAGCGUCACAUUGGCAACGACAUUGUCACAAUCAUCUUCCAGGAGCCAGGCGCACAGCCCUUCACACCCCGCACCAUCCGCUCACACUUCCAGCAUGUCUUCAUCAUAGUGCGCGUGCAUGAGCCCUGCACCGAGCGCACCACCUACAGUGUGGCAGUGAGCCGCACCAAGGACAUCCCACUCUUUGGGCCACCCAUCCCAGCUGGGCACCGCUUCCCCCGGACACUCGCCUUCCGGGACUUCUUGCUGGCCAAGGCCAUCAAUGCAGAGAAUGCGGCUGAGCGGUCAGGCAAAUUCCACGCCAUGGCUACCCGCACACGCCAGGAGUACCUGCAGGACCUGGCGCGCAGCCAUGCUACCACCACCAGCCUGGAGGCCUCCUCCUCCCGCCUGCCCCUGCUCUCCCUGGGUGCCAAGAGGAAGGAGCGGGCCAAGGGGGCCAAGGCCUGGGAGCUGCAGAGUGCCGGGGCCCUGGUGUGGAGCGUGCGGGCACGGGAUGGAGACCGGGCCGCCCCCGAGCUGCCCUGCCUGCUGGGUAUCUCCGCCGAGUUCCUGGUGCUCAUUGAGGCCAAAGGCAAGCGAAUCAUCUUCAACUGCUCCUGCCGUGACGUGCUGGCCUGGACCUACUCCGACUGCGGCCUGGACCUCUACUACGGCUCCGGGGACUACGUCUCAGUGCGGCUCCCUGAUGGCCAAGGGGACGAGGUCAAGGACAUUGUGCACCGGCUGCAGCUGGUGACGCGGGGCUGCGAGACGCGGGAGCUCACCCUGCUGCGGAAUGGGUUGGGCCAGCUGGGUUUCCAGGUGGACAGCGAGGGCUUUGUCACCGAUGUCGAGCGCUUCACCUUUGCGGAGAAGGCCGGCCUGCAGCCUGGCGCCCGGCUGGUGCGUGUGUGCGAGCGGGCACUGCCCGGGCUCAGCCACGCCCAGACUACCGAGCUUCUGCGCACUGCCAAGAAAGUCACUGUCACCAUGGUGCCUCCUGACGAGAAUGGCAAGCCCCGCAGGAGUUUCUCUGAGCUAUACGUGAAGUCCCUGCAGGAGAAGCGGCGCAGUGAUUCCCCGGCAAGGGAGCCCCCCCGGACGGCUGGGGGCCCGGGGCCCGAGGGGGAGCUGAGACCGGCCACCCUGCAGCUGCUGCGCUCGCUUUCCCUGCAGGACGGGCCCCCCCAUAGCCUGGCUGAGGAGCGCACCGAGUUCCUGCGCAGCCACAGCGAGGGCACUGCCCUCCCCAACCUGCCGUCCCAGAGCAGGGAGAUCCCCAUGUUACCUGACCCCACACCUGACCUCAUCCUGGCAGCCACACCCAAGGGGCCCCCUGAGCGGGAAAUGGACCAUCCAGGAGACCCCACAUCGUUGGAGCAGGCUCCCCCCGAUCAUGGGGUCAUGGGUAGCCAGGCCCCGCCCCCUAGCGAGACGGCCCCACCCACCUCGGACAUGAGUGACACCGAGAAAUUCCUACCCCGGACGCUCUCGUUGCGAAACUCCAUCACCAAGAUUCUGUCGGAAGCCGGCGAGUCCCUGGAGGAGGAGUGGGACUCCAUCUCCAAUCUGGCUACCACCUGCAACAGCAUCCUAGAGGCACUCUCGAAGGAAGCAGGGCAACACGUGCUGGAGAGCAGAGAGCCCCCUGGUGGGAGUGGCCAGAGGAACCCAGGCCAGCAGCCCCCCGAGGAUGAAGGCCAUCAGUCCCGGUCGCUGUCGGAGAAGGUCUCUCACUUGGAGUCCAUGCUAAAGAAGCUGCAGGAGGACUUGCAGCAGGAGCAGGCAGCCAAGGCAGCACUACAGGCUGAAGUGCAGAGUCUGCGGCAGAACAACCAGCGGCUACAGCAGGAGCAGGAGAGUGCGGCUGCCCGGCUCAGCCAGGUCACCCGCCUGCUGUGCGGUUCCCCCAGCCAGUCCCUCUAG